AUGGAAAAAGCUAAUCAGACCUCCCCCCGGGGGUUCAUUCUCUUGGGCCUCUCAGCCCACCCAAGGCUGGAGAAAACAUUCUUUGUGCUCAUCCUGUCCAUGUACCUGGUGACCCUGCUGGGCAACGGGGUCCUCAUCCUGGUGACCAUCCUUGACUCCCGCCUACACAAGCCCAUGUACUUCUUCCUGAGGAACCUCUCCUUGCUGGACAUCUGCUACACAGCCUCCUCAGUCCCUCUGGUCCUGGAUGGCUUCCUGGCCCCCCAGAAAACCAUCUCUUUCUCCACCUGUGCCGUGCAGAUGUUCCUCUCCUUUGCCAUGGCAGGGACAGAGUGUGUGCUCCUGGGCAUGAUGGCAUUUGACCGCUACGUGGCCACUUGCAACCCCCUUAGAUACCCUGUGGUCAUGAGCAAGGCUGCCUAUGUGCCCACUGCCGGCUCCUGGGCUAUUGGUGGUGCUGCUUCUCUGGUACACACAUCCUUGGCAAUUCUGCUGCCCCUCUGUGGGGACAACAUCAUCAACCACUUCACCUGUGAGAUCCUGGCUGUCCUGAAGUUGGCCUGUGCCGGCAUCUCCAUCAAUGUGAUCAGCAUGGGCGUGACCAAUGUGAUCUUCCUGGGGGUCCCAGUUCUGUUCAUCUCUGCCUCUUAUGUCUUCAUCAUUGCUACCAUCCUGAGGAUCCCCUCAGCUGAGGGGAGGAAAAAGGCCUUCUCCACCUGCUCUGCCCACCUCACUGUGGUGAUAAUAUUCUAUGGGACCUUAUUUUUCAUGUAUGGGAAGCCCAAGUCUAAGGACCCCCUGGGGGUAGACAAAGAGGAUCUUUCAGACAAGCUCAUCCCCCUCUUCUAUGGGGUGGUGACCCCCAUGCUCAACCCCAUCAUCUACAGCCUGAGGAACCAGGAUGUGAAGGCCGCUGUGAGGAAACUGGUGAGUCAGAAAUCCUUCAGUCAGUGUUGUAGGAGGAGUCUUCUGUGGUUCUCACCCCCAUGGAAGAAAGGACUUCAAUCAUUACAGCUGCCAUUCUAA